AUGCCCCCUCCAAAGGCGGAGCCGAUCGAACGCGGUCGCGUCGAGCCUCCCUUCUGCUGGGAGACACACACUCCUCACACGGUGGCGCUGAUGCUGAACGCCACGGAGGAGGACCUGGUGCUCAAGGCGUGUCAGUCCCUCUACAAGUUUGCGCACGAGGGCGAGAUGAACCAGGCGCUGCUGAUGCAGUACGACAUCCUGCGCCUGCUGCUCGGACACCUGCAGCACGCCAACCGUAGCGUUCGCCGCAUGGCCGCCAUGACGCUUAGCGAGCUGGCCUCCAACGGCGCCGUGCAGGCGGCGCUGCUCUCGGACGGCAGCGUGGCCACCCUGGUUGCCAUCCUCGGUCGCGACGACGAUCACGUCGUUGACGAGUUCGUCAGUGGUGCGCUCGGCAAGAUGGCCGCCGAGCCGGUCGGCCAGGCCGCGCUGCUGGCCGAGGAUGCGGUGCCUGCGCUGGUGGCGCGUCUAGUCUCACCCGACCCUGACGUGCUCAAGAACUGCUUGGACACGCUGCUGGCCAUCCUGCACGACUUCCAGGCGGUGCGAAGCCUCGUCGCCAGCGACGGCAUCGAGCGGGCGCUAGCGCUGCGGGGCGUGCAGCACUCGGUGCUGUUCAGCAUGGCGCUGGAGACGCUGCGUAAGGCCAUGUACAUCGAGGAGGGGCGGCAGCGGCUUCGGGAGGUCGGCGGCUUGGAGGACCUGCUCGCCCUGUUGGAGGACGCCGCACAGGAAGCGCAGUUCGCGCGCAUCAUUGCUGUGCUCGAGCACGCCUCGCUCGACACCAAGAACGUGCGCGUCAUGCACCACAACGGCGGCUUGCUGCGUAUGGUGCAGACGGCGCGCGCUAGCGGCCAGCCCGAGGUGCUGGCGCAGUGUGGUGCCGUCAUCGGCCACCUCGGCGGCGACGAGCUGUGCCGCCAGGCGCUGCAUGAGCUCGGUGCCGAAACCGUCAUCGUGUCGGCCAUGCUGGGCUCGGCCAGCACCGGAAGCGCGCCACUGCUGGUCGCUGCCUGCGAGGCGCUCGGCGUGCUCAGCCUGAGUCUGCGCGCGCGCCGCCAGCUGGUAGAGCACGCUGGCGUGCGCCAGCUGCUGCGACUGCUUGACAGCGACUACCCCGCCGUGCGCACUGCGGCCGCGUCGCCGCCGGCGCAGCCGACGUCGCUCGCCGACACGCGGCUCGCCGAAUAUGUGGCGUACGUGCGAACGGCCCUGGCGCCGCUCGAGAGCGACCAGCGCCAGGGCAACGCUCUCGCCGAGCUGGUGGCGCGGUGGCUGGGCGGCGCGGUGGCGCGCGAGCAGCUCGGCUCGUGGUCACCAGAGCCGCACCUGGAGGAGCUGCGCCGCCGCCAUGCCAGUAAUGUGCUGCCCGUGGGUGAUGUGGAGCAGGCUGGCCUGCGGUGUCGCGCGCUGCUUUACAAGUUUCUUGCCGACCAGAUGAGCCUGCCCUGUACGCUGAACAGGGGCAGCUACGGCAAGUACUGGAACAGUGUGUUCGUGGCGAACAACGAGCCAGGCGCGCCGCCCGGCGCCUACCUGGAGCAAGUGGUGGACUUGAUCCACCAGCCGGGCCGCAUGAUGACCGUCGGUACCAAGGAGGCCCUGGAGUAUACGACGGGCCUUUGA